GGAGUAUUGAAGUAUGUCAGGGUUACCCCCCUAUCAGUUCCUGCCUCCAGGGAUGCCCCCAGGGCUACCCCCUGGACAUCCUGCCUGGCAAGCAAUGAUGGCACAACAGCAGGCACAGCAACAAGCUCAGCUAGCCGCUCAGAGGUACGCAGAGAAGCGUAAGUUUGGAUUUGUUGACGCUCAGAAGGAGGAUAUGCCCCCAGAGCAUUUGCGUAAAAUCAUCAGGGACCACGGAGACAUGUCCAGCAGGAAGUACAGACACGAUAAGCGUGUCUACCUCGGGGCACUCAAGUAUAUGCCGCACGCUAUUCUCAAACUUAUGGAGAACAUGCCUAUGCCAUGGGAGCAGAUUAGGGACGUUUCCGUACUCUACCAUAUCACAGGAGCGAUCACGUUUGUGAACGAGAUCCCCUGGGUAAUUGAACCUGUCUACCUCGCCCAGUGGGGCUCCAUGUGGAUCAUGAUGCGUAGAGAGAAGAGAGACAGGCGGCAUUUCAAGAGGAUGCGUUUCCCUCCCUUCGACGACGAAGAGCCUCCGCUAGAUUAUGCUGACAACGUUCUGGACGUGGAACCAUUGGAGGCAAUCCAGAUAGAGAUGGACGAGGAUGAGGACAAGGCUAUCAAGGAUUGGUUCUAUGACUCUAAGCCUCUUGUUGACAGCAGAUACGUUAACGGAACCUCAUACAAGAAGUGGAACCUCUCUCUGCCCCAGCUGGCCUGCCUCUACAGGAUGGCGAACCAGCUGCUUACCGACCUCGUCGACGACAACUACUUCUAUCUCUUCGACAUGAAGUCGUUCUUUACAGCCAAGGCUCUAAAUGUUGCAAUCCCCGGCGGGCCAAAGUUCGAACCUCUUGUGAAAGAUUCUCUAGCCCAGGAUGAUGAUUGGAAUGAGUUCAACGACAUCAACAAGAUCAUCAUCAGACAGCCCAUUAGGACGGAGUAUAGGAUUGCGUUCCCAUACCUGUACAAUAACUUGCCACAGUUUGUGCACAUGUCCUGGUAUCAUACUCCUAACGUUGUCUACAUCAAAGCAGAGGAUCCUGACCUACCUGCCUUCUACUUUGAUCCUCUCAUCAAUCCAAUCUCUCACAGACACGCACAGAAGAGCAUGGACUCCGAGCUGCCCGAAGAUGAGGAGGAGUUUGAGCUUCCUGAGGAGGUGAUCCCCUUCAUGCAGGAGUCUCCUCUGUACACCGACUACACCGCUAACGGAAUUGCUCUACUCUGGGCACCGCGUCCAUUCAACCUGAGGUCAGGACGCAUGCGUAGAAACCUGGAUGUUCCUCUGGUUAAAUCCUGGUAUAGAGAGCACUGUCCUCCUGGUCAACCUGUGAAGGUACGUGUGAGCUACCAGAAACUACUCAAGUAUUUCGUGCUGAACGCGCUGAAGCAUCGACCCCCGAAACCACAGAAGAAGAGAUAUCUGUUCAGAUCAUUUAAAGCAACAAAGUUCUUCCAGUCGACCAGCCUGGACUGGGUGGAGGCAGGACUACAGGUUUGCAGACAGGGAUACAACAUGUUGAAUCUCUUGAUUCACAGGAAGAAUUUGAAUUAUCUCCAUCUUGAUUAUAAUUUUAACCUCAAGCCCGUGAAGACCCUGACCACUAAGGAACGUAAGAAGAGUAGGUUCGGAAAUGCUUUCCAUCUGUGCAGAGAGAUUCUUCGUCUCACCAAGCUUAUUGUUGACAGUCAUGUACAGUACAGGCUUAACAACGUUGAUGCGUUCCAGCUUGCUGAUGGUCUACAGUACGCUGUAGCUCACGUAGGUCAGUUGACUGGUAUGUACAGGUACAAGUACAAGCUGAUGAAACAGAUCAGAAUGUGCAAGGAUCUGAAGCACGUGAUCUACUACAGGUUCAACACAGGACCAGUAGGUAAAGGUCCGGGUUGCGGAAUCUGGGCUCCAGGAUGGAGGGUCUGGUUGUUCUUCAUGAGAGGAGUUACGCCGCUACUGGAGCGUUGGUUGGGUAACCUUCUCUCCAGGCAGUUCGAGGGUAGGCACAGCAAGGGAGUCGCCAAGACUGUCACAAAGCAGAGAGUUGAGUCCCACUUCGAUCUUGAGCUCCGAGCUAGCGUUAUGCACGAUAUCAUCGACAUGAUGCCUGAGGGUAUCAAGCAAAACAAGGCGAGGACAAUCCUUCAACACCUGAGUGAGGCCUGGAGGUGUUGGAAGGCGAAUAUCCCCUGGAAGGUUCCAGGUUUACCUACUCCUAUUGAGAACAUGAUCUUGAGAUACGUGAAGAUGAAGGCGGACUGGUGGACCAAUACAGCUCACUACAACAGAGAGAGGAUAAGGCGAGGUGCUACGGUUGAUAAGACCGUUUGUAAGAAGAAUCUGGGAAGAUUAACCCGUCUGUAUCUGAAAGCUGAACAGGAGCGUCAGCAUAAUUAUCUCAAGGACGGACCAUACAUCUCUCCGGAGGAGGCUGUUGCUAUUUACACCACCACAGUGCAUUGGUUGGAGUCAAGAAGGUUUGCUCCGAUACCAUUCCCUCCACUCUCAUACAAGCACGAUACUAAACUUCUCAUCCUAGCUCUUGAGAGACUCAAGGAGGCUUACAGUGUGAAAUCCAGACUUAAUCAGAGCCAAAGAGAAGAGUUGGGACUUAUUGAACAGGCUUACGAUAAUCCUCAUGAAGCUUUAUCCAGAAUUAAACGUCAUCUGUUGACACAAAGAGCGUUUAAAGAGGUCGGUAUUGAGUUUAUGGAUCUUUAUUCGCAUUUAAUCCCCGUGUAUGAUGUUGAACCCCUGGAGAAGAUUACAGACGCCUACCUGGACCAGUAUCUCUGGUACGAGGCGGAUAAAAGACGAUUGUUUCCGCCAUGGAUUAAACCCAGCGAUACUGAACCUCCGCCACUCCUUGCUUAUAAAUGGUGUCAAGGGGUUAAUAAUCUACAGGAUGUUUGGGAGACCGGAGAUGGAGAGUGCAAUGUUAUGAUGGAAUGCAUGUUUGAGAAACUUUAUGAAAAGAUUGAUUUAACUCUGCUUAACAGACUUCUCAGGCUCAUUGUUGAUCAUAACAUCGCCGAUUACAUGACAGCCAAGAACAACGUGGUGGUCAACUACAAGGAUAUGAACCAUACUAACAGCUACGGAAUAGUCCGUGGACUGCAGUUCUCCUCGUUCAUCGUCCAGUACUAUGGACUAGUGAUGGAUCUACUCGUCCUUGGGUUGAACCGUGCCUCGGAGAUGGCCGGUCCGCCCCAGAUGCCGAAUGAUUUCCUGAGUUUCCAGGACGUGGAUACAGAGGUUUCUCAUCCUAUCCGUCUCUACUCAAGAUAUGUGGAUAGGUUCCAUAUCUUCUUCAGAUUCUCAGCGGAAGAAGCAAGAGAUCUUAUCCAGAGAUACCUGACCGAGCACCCUGACCCCAACAACGAGAACAUUGUUGGGUACAACAACAAGAAGUGCUGGCCCAGGGACGCCAGGAUGCGUCUCAUGAAGCACGAUGUUAACCUGGGACGUGCCACCUUCUGGGACAUCAAGAACAGAAUGCCGAGGUCCGUGACCACUAUCAACUGGGACGCGUCCUUUGUCUCCGUGUACAGCAAGGACAACCCCAACCUGUUGUUUGCAAUGGCUGGGUUUGAGUUGAGAAUUUUGCCGAAGGUUCGAACUACUCAUGAGGAGUUCACACACAGGGACGGAGUCUGGAACCUGCAGAACGAGGUGACCAAGGAGAGGACUGCUCAGUGUUUCCUCAGAGUUGACGAGGAAUCCAUGUCAAAGUUCCACAACAGAGUUAGACAGAUUCUCAUGGCAUCUGGAUCAACAACCUUCACCAAGAUUGUCAACAAGUGGAACACCGCGCUGAUCGGUCUCAUGACCUACUUUAGGGAGGCCGUCGUCAACACGCAGGAGCUCUUGGACAUGUUGGUCAAAUGUGAGAAUAAAAUCCAAACUAGGAUUAAGAUUGGUCUCAAUUCUAAAAUGCCAAGUAGGUUUCCUCCUGUUGUGUUCUACACACCCAAGGAGUUGGGAGGACUUGGUAUGUUGUCCAUGGGUCACGUUCUCAUUCCUCAGUCUGAUCUCCGAUGGUCUAAACAGACUGACACCGGGAUCACCCAUUUCCGGUCAGGUAUGAGCCACGACGAGGAUCAGCUGAUUCCCAACCUGUACAGGUACGUUCAGCCCUGGGAGGCGGAGUUUAUUGACUCCCAGAGAGUUUGGGCGGAGUAUGCACUGAAGAGGCAGGAGGCAGCUGCACAGAACCGGAGGCUGACCCUGGAGGAUCUGGAGGAUUCCUGGGAUAGAGGUAUUCCUAGGAUCAACACACUGUUUCAGAAGGAUCGGCACACACUAGCCUAUGACAAGGGAUGGAGGGUCAGGACGGAAUUCAAAGCUUAUCAGGUUCUCAAGCAGAACCCGUUCUGGUGGACACAUCAGAGACACGACGGUAAACUCUGGAACUUGAACAACUACAGGACGGAUAUGAUCCAGGCUCUAGGAGGAGUUGAAGGUAUCCUAGAGCAUACGCUCUUUAAGGGAACUUAUUUCCCAACCUGGGAAGGUUUGUUUUGGGAGAAGGCCUCUGGAUUUGAAGAGUCUAUGAAGUAUAAGAAACUAACCAACGCUCAGAGAUCCGGUUUGAACCAGAUUCCCAACAGAAGAUUUACCCUUUGGUGGUCGCCUACAAUCAACAGAGCCAAUGUCUACGUCGGAUUCCAGGUCCAGCUUGAUUUGACCGGUAUCUUCAUGCACGGAAAGAUUCCAACUCUUAAGAUCUCUCUCAUUCAGAUCUUCCGUGCUCACUUGUGGCAGAAGGUUCACGAGUCCGUUGUCAUGGAUCUGUGUCAAGUAUUCGACCAGGAGCUUGAUGCUCUCGAGAUUGAAACCGUGCAGAAGGAAACUAUUCAUCCCAGGAAGAGUUACAAGAUGAACUCCUCCUGCGCAGAUAUUCUCCUCUUUGCCGCGUACAAGUGGAAUGUAUCCAGGCCAAGUCUGUUAGCGGACAGCAAGGACGUGAUGGACUCCACCACCACCCAGAAGUACUGGUUGGAUGUUCAGCUCAGGUGGGGAGAUUAUGAUUCUCACGACGUGGAGAGGUAUGCCAGAGCUAAGUUCCUGGAUUAUACAACAGACAACAUGUCUAUCUAUCCUAGUCCUACAGGAACCUUGAUUGCUAUUGAUCUUGCAUACAACCUUCAUUCAGCCUUCGGAAACUGGUUCCCCGGAGCUAAACCUCUGAUUCAGCAAGCUAUGGCCAAGAUCAUGAAGGCAAACCCUGCUCUGUAUGUGUUGAGAGAAAGGAUAAGGAAGGGUCUGCAGCUGUACUCCUCUGAGCCAACUGAACCCUACCUCUCCUCCCAGAACUAUGGGGAGCUGUUCAGCAACCAGAUCAUUUGGUUCGUAGACGACACCAACGUGUACAGGGUGACUAUUCACAAAACCUUCGAGGGUAAUCUCACCACCAAGCCUAUCAACGGCGCAAUUUUCAUCUUCAACCCCAGAACUGGUCAGCUCUUCCUCAAGAUUAUCCAUACCUCUGUAUGGGCCGGACAGAAGCGUCUCGGACAGCUGGCUAAAUGGAAAACUGCUGAGGAGGUUGCAGCUCUUAUCCGUUCUCUCCCCGUGGAGGAGCAGCCUAAGCAGAUUAUCGUGACAAGGAAGGGUAUGUUGGAUCCCCUUGAGGUCCAUCUUCUUGAUUUCCCCAACAUUGUAAUCAAGGGUUCAGAGCUCCAGCUCCCCUUCCAGGCCUGUCUCAAGGUAGAGAAGUUCGGAGAUCUUAUUCUGAAGGCGACGGAACCUCAGAUGGUUCUGUUCAAUCUCUACGAUGACUGGUUGAGAACAAUCUCCUCUUACACUGCGUUCUCCAGGUUAAUCCUGAUUCUACGAGCGUUGCACGUGAACAACGACAGAACAAAGAUAAUCCUGAAACCAGACAAAACCACGAUCACGGAGCCCCACCAUAUCUGGCCAACUCUUACAGACGACGAAUGGAUCAAGGUUGAGGUGACCCUAAAGGAUUUGAUCCUGGCUGAUUACGGAAAGAAGAACAAUGUAAAUGUUGCAUCUCUCACUCAAUCUGAGAUUAGAGAUAUUAUCCUUGGUAUGGAGAUAUCUGCCCCUAGUGCUCAGAGGCAACAGAUUGCAGAAAUUGAGAAGCAAACCAAGGAACAGAGUCAGUUGACUGCUACCACUACGCGCUCUGUUAACAAGCACGGUGACGAGAUAAUCACGAGCACAACGAGUAACUACGAGCGCAACACCUUCGCUAGCAAGACCGAAUGGCGCGUGCGCGCUAUUUCUGCUACAAAUCUCCACCUGCGAACCAACCACAUUUACGUGAGCAGCGAUGAUAUCAAGGAGGCCGGAUACACCUACAUUCUGCCCAAGAACGUGCUCAAGAAGUUUGUUAUGAUUUCUGACCUGAGAACUCAGAUUGCUGGAUACCUAUACGGUAUUUCACCGCCAGAUAAUCCACAGGUGAAAGAGAUCCGUUGUAUUGUCCUGGCUCCUCAAUGGGGAACUCAUCAGACAGUUCAUCUUCCCGGUUCCCUCCCGUCUCACGAGUAUCUUGGAGAAAUGGAACCUCUAGGAUGGAUUCAUACACAACCAAACGAACUCCCUCAACUGUCUCCACAGGAUAUUUGCACUCACGCGCACGUGAUGGCGGAGCACUCUGUCUGGGACGGAGAGAAGACUGUCAUCAUCACCUGCAGUUUUACUCCGGGUUCAUGCUCACUCACAGCAUACAAACUCACUCCGUCAGGGUUUGAGUGGGGUAGAACUAAUACAGACAAGUCCAACAAUCCCAAGGGAUAUCUACCCUCUCACUACGAGAAGGUGCAGAUGCUUCUCUCAGACAGGUUCCUCGGGUUCUUCAUGGUUCCAACACAGGGAUCUUGGAACUAUAAUUUCAUGGGAGUCCGUCACGACCCUAACAUGAGAUAUGAGCUAGCUCUCUCCAAUCCUAAGGAGUUCUAUCACGAGGUGCACAGACCUUCUCACUUCAUGAACUUCGCAAGUAUUGAGGAGGGAGCAGAGGCUGCUGGAGGAGCGGAUAGAGAGGACAUGUUCGCGUAACGAGGUCAUUGAGGACAAUUGAACGAGUUUUUUUUCUAGAUUUUCACCGCCGGAACUAAAACUUAGUUACCGAAUCCCAAUAUUGUAAACAAAUAUUAUUUUUUUCCAUUAUUAUACUGAGCAAGGUAAACUAUGUGAGUGCAUUUGAAUAAACAAGUUGUAACCAA